AACUUCACGUUGUUUUCAUGAAAACCCAAAUGAAAACACGAACCCGAAAGAAUCGCUCAAUGAAUCUGGUCAAACUGACUAAUCGACGAUCUUGGAGCCAAACUAAACCAGUUGAAACUGAAGCAGAUUCAGAGUAUCUCCUUGAUUCAAGCAAGCUAAACUUCAAACCCUUUCUUCACCAUCUUCAUCUUCCCUUCACUUUGCUCUGAACCAUGAUGAAACCCCUCACAAAACCAUUUCCCCGCCAUUGGCUUAGGCUCAGCACCACCAUUUCAAGGCUUAACCAAUCACUUCUUCAAUCAAAACACCCAAACCCCACAUUCAAUGACUCAAGUUCAUCAUCAAGAUCUGAUUUGAUCGCUACCCGGAUGGUGAAUUUGUGUAAAGAUUGGAAAAACAAGUCUUGUGAGCAGAGAAGGUUGUUUUCAGAGACAAUUUCAGAACCUUAUCCCAAACCAACAGAACCCAAUUUAUCUUCUUCAAAUUCCAGUGUACCUAUAGAUGCAGGGUCUUCAAUUAGAAAGCCAAUCAGUUUAUGGCCUGGAAUGUACCAUUCACCUGUGACAAAUGCCUUAUGGGAAGCAAGAUCGAGGAUGUUUGAGAAGCCGGGGGACAAGCCAGUUGAUUCAGUUUCUCAAAGUGAAUUGGGUACCAAAACUCCAUCAGAGAGCAGGACUACUAUUCUUUAUAAGUUUUCAAGUGAUUUUAUACUCAGAGAGCAGUAUAGGAACCCUUGGAAUGAGAUUAGAAUGGGAAAGUUGCUUGAGGACCUUGAUGCUCUUGCUGGAACCAUUUCAUAUAAGCACUGUUGCAGUGAGGAUGGCUCAACAAUGCCUAUAUUAUUGGUCACUGCUUCUGUUGAUAGGAUGGUAAUGAAGAAACCAAUCCUAGUCGACACUGAUUUAAACAUAACUGGAGCUGUUACCUGGGUUGGGCGGUCAUCCAUGGAGAUUCAAGUUGAAGUGACUCAGUCCACCCAAGAUGCUGCAGAUGCAUCCGAAAACAUUGCCCUUGUGGCGAACUUCACAUUUGUGGCUCGUGAUGCCAAGACAGGAAAAUCGUCUCCGCUUAAGCAGAUCUUGCCCGAGACUGAAAAAGAGAAAUUGCUUUGGGAAGAAGCAGAACAGAGGAACAAAAUCAGGAAACAUAAGAAAGCAGAAAAUAGAAUGACUUUUGCAAAUGAGAACAAAGACAGGCUUAAUGCAUUAUUGGCUGAAGGGCAAGUCUUUUCUGACUUGCCUGCGCUGGCAGAUAGAGAUAGCAUUCUUAUAAGGGACACCUAUCAUGAGAAUUCCUUGAUGUGCCAGCCACAGCAAAGGAACAUCCAUGGUCGGAUAUUUGGAGGAUUUUUGAUGCGUAAAGCAUUUGAACUGGCCUUCACAAAUGCUUAUGCAUUUGCUGGCUCAGCCCCCCGCUUUGUAGAAGUUGAUCAUGUUGAUUUUGUUAAACCUGUGGAUGUCGGAAACUUCCUCCGUUUCAAGUCUUGUGUUUUAUAUACCGAACUUGAGGAUCCAUCCAGACCAAUGAUAAAUGUGGAAGUUGUAGCUCAUGUGAUGAGGCCUGAGCUCAGAACCAGCCAGAUAUCAAAUAAAUUCUACUUCACAUUUACCAUCCGACCUGAGGCAAUGAAAGAUGGAAUGAGCAUUCGAAACGUUGUUCCUGCCACAGAAGAGGAGGCGUGGCGGGUGCUGGAACGUAUGGAUGCUGAGAGUGCCCAGUUGACAAAAACAUAAGAAAGCUUCUUUCUAGCAAGGUAGACAAUGAAUUAAGAAUGAGGGUUUGUUACUACAUCUCUAAAUCACCUAGUGACAUAAUAACCUAUUAUCAUUAAUAUAUAAAUUAAUAUUCGUUAGGGUACAGUUUAUCGAUGUUAUGAAGCCCUAUAAGGUUUUUUUUUCCUCUAUAAAGAAAUAAUGCAGUAUCCAUUUGGUAACCUGUAAAGCUAGAUGUCAAUCAAAAUUUAAUUUCCAGUAAUGAAUGUAUAGAGGAUUUCCCUUUUCAGGAUCAAUUGAGGCGCUUCCUCUCGUUUAAGAGAGAGCAUUUAAUGAAA